AUGGAGUCGCGUCUACUGUAUUUCCCGGACUACGCCAAGUUUAAGCAGUAUUUCGACAACAAACAGGUGAGAAAAACAUCCCAUCUGCUCCACGGGAAAGCAAAAAAGCUGGUGAUCCCAGUUCGUCAAGCAGCAACACAACAACAACAACAACAGCAACGUGACCCGAUCAAGGUUACUUUGCAAAUGACGUCAGAAUCCCAAAGCGAGGUAGAGAGAGCGGGAGCCAAGGACAAAAGACAGAAGGCUUUAAAACGCAAGGCGGGCGAAAGCCAAAUCAACGAUGCUGCCCCAUUCGAGUUUCAAGUUAGCAACUUAGGCCCAGACUACACCGACCUGACACGCACCCGUCUGCACGUCAAAGUCAAAGUAACGCAGACCGAUGGCACGGCCUUGGCCAAGGAUGAAAAUGUCGCUCCGGUGAACUUGUUUAUGCAGUCGCUGUUUUCCCAGGUCACGGUCUACCUACAGAACCAGCUCGUGUCCAGUACCAACAACCAUUACGCCUACAAGAGCAUGAUGAGGGCCCUGCUGGGAUAUGGUGCAGAAGCGAAAAACACUCAGUUGGGGACGCAGUUGUUUGCCAGGGAUUAUGCGGAGAGUGAGGUGGAUCUGGAAAGCAGUGACGUCACUGGAUCUGUCAAUGGGGAAAUGGCAUUACGUGGCACUUUCAUAGCGCUAAGCAAAGAACUUACCAUGUCGGUGCCCGUGUACGAAGAUAUCUUCGACAUGAACCGACUCCUCCCCAACGACGUGUGCAAGGUCAAAGUAAACCCCGCCUUGAUCUUGGCUCACAAUACACUUUUCAAAAAAUCAAACGCUCUCUACCCGUACACCAAAAGCGAAGUCAAGGUGACCAGCAUCCCGACCACUCAGCAGACGCACACCAUAGACAACGUCAGCAAUCCCGUCGCCAACCGAUACGUUGUGGGACUUGUGGAAAGUUCGAGUCUAAACGGUAGCUACACCGUCAAUCCCUAUAAUUUCAAGUCGUUCAUGCUUAAAAAGAUAACGCUGUACAUCGACGGAGUCAGUGUGCCCGGUCAACCCGCCGAAGUGGACGAUGUCGCCUCUUAUGUCAACAUGCUCGACGGCAUGGGACUGUGGAAGGAAGACAAGGGCAAUGCCAUCACCAGAAGCGAAUUUCUCAUGGGGAAUGCCUUGUUCGCCUUCGACAUCGACACAAUGUGCCGAAGUCAGAGUACCUGA